AAAAAAUCCCUUCACAUCCCCAGCUCAGCCAUCCACUGCCAGCCAGUCGCACUCAGGACAAUAACACAGCUGGGGAUGCUGCAGGGCCACCAGCCGCUCGCCACCUCUCCCACAGCCUGCUGCCCGUGAGCGGAGAGACAGCGAGGGGGGGGACUCGCCCAGGGCUGGCGUUUGCCUUUCCCUCCAGAGCUUCGCCUGGAUCCGUGCAGGGCUGCGAGCCAGAGGGUGAGGCAGCCAGGGGAUUGCAGAGGCUGGGAAAAUGGAGAUCACGGAGGCCGGCGCCGUUCAGCAAGAGAGGCUGCAGGCCAUAGCGGAGAAGAGGAAACGUCAGAUCGAGAUCGAAAAUAAAAGGCGGCAGCUCGAAGACGACAGGCGCCAGUUACAGCACCUAAAGUCCAAGGCUCUGAGGGAGAGAUGGCUGCUGGAAGGAGCCCCGUCGUCCGCCACCGAGGAAGACGAGGCCAUGAAGAAGCAGAUGCAGGAAGACGAAGUGAAGACCAAGGAGCUGGAAGAAACCAUCCAGAGGUUGGAGAAGGAGCUGGAGAUUCUGGAGAACGGGGACUCGGCGCCUCCCACCAAGGAGAAGCUGGGGAAGGAGGUCGCGGUGACAGCAAAGGAGGAGAAAGCAGCAAACACACAGAAGACUCCGCUGGGCACAACUAAAGCGGAGCAGAAGAUCUCCAACAGCCCCAUGAAGUCGGUGGAGGGCACUGACAUGAUGAAGGCAGCCAUGUACUCAGUGGAGAUCACAGUGGAGAAGGACAGAGUAACUGGCAAGACCAAAGUCCUAUCCAGCACCACCCUGCUCCCCAAGAAUCAUUGCCUGCAGGGGGUCAAGGUGUACGAGGAUGAGAUGAAAGUGGUGCACGCGGUCCACAUGGAGGAUGGCGCCAUUGAGAACGGGGUGCACCCUCUCAGCUCCUCUGAGGUGGAUGAGCUGAUCCACAAGGCAGAUGAGGCGAACCUGAGUGAGGCCUGCCGGAGGGACUCCAAGGCCAAGGAGCGCGAAGAGGCCAAGAAGGGGGGUCCCGGGAGCAACCUGCCCAGCCAGAAUACCACGCCCCGGAAGGAGAUCACUGGGGUGCAAGCCAAGCCAGUGGACAGCCCAAGAAUCCUGGCCUCUGGUGAAGGGGCAGAACCUAGCAAAGAGCAACCGGUCACCAUGAUCUUCAUGGGCUACCAGAACGUGGAGGACGAGAACGAGACCAAAAAAGUGCUGGGCCUGGGGGGCACCAUCAAGGCCGAGCUGGUGGUGAUCGAAGAUGCCGACAAGCCAGCAGCGGCUGGAGCGGCAGACUGCACGGGCAAGGACCACGCCCCACCCAACGGCAGCACCGUGGAGCCCGUGGCCGCCCUGCCGCAGAAGGAAGACAGCCAGGUCGGGGAGAAGCCAGGGGCCAACGACACGGAUCCCAAGGGGGCCGAUCAGGACCUAGACAUGAAGAAACACCGUUGCAAAUGCUGCACGGUGAUGUGAAACGUCGGCCGGCUCCUUUUGACCUCCCCUCAUUGUACAGCCAAAAAGGACUGCCCCCCAUCUUCUGUUCCCCUGUCCCUCAUAGUUCGCUAGGUUCCACAAACUCCAAGUGACACAGUAUUUUAUUUACUUACCAGACACAACUUCUUUUUCUUAAGAGACUGGGGAAACAAAUGCAGUGUUUGUAAAGUGUAUAAUAGGCAGCACCAUCUCCCGGCCGCGGCAUCGCUCGUCUGACGUCCGCUUCCAUGCAAUACGCCAACGGCGCUGAAUAUUAUAUUUAUUAUACACGCUUAUUUUUUUCCCCCUGCCUUUGUCUCUCCCCCCUGCUCCCCUGUGCCAUGGUGGGGUUUCUCAGAGCUCCUCAGCCCACCGGGGAUGGCCAUCAAGGAACUCUCCCGCCUGUAGGACUCCCGUUUUUUUAAUUGUACUGAUGGCUUUCCCCCUCGUUAAAUGACACCCUCCUCUGUUAUCCGAAGGAUGCUGGAGCUGAUCUCACUGAUGGGGGGGGCUCAGGAGAGGGUCAUAGGACUAAGACGCCUCCUUAGAUGGUUCUUCAAGAACUGACUGUUGUUAGGACUUUCUUUCCGGCCUCCUGGAAGGGGAAGGAGGGAGGCCACCUACGUCCCAGCAACGGGCCACGGUUUAGAAACACCUGUAUCAUCUUGAUAAGGCCACAGCCCAGCCGACAGAGCCCGCCUGUCCAGCGGCAGCUUAACUAUCCCCCUCACCCCGGGUUUGUUCCGACGACAGGUCUGGGGACACCCGACAAGUCACAGACACAGCGCCCCAAACCACAGCUCCACAAGAAGUUUGAAGCAGAGGUUUCGGCCGGCACGUGAGCUGCUGGGCCGAACUUAAAUUUGGCCUGACCUUGCUGCUUAGAGUUUUUAAGCACUGACCCGAGCCUUCAAACCAGCCACAAGAGGGACUGUUUCUGCCGCAAAAGGAAAAGGACACUCCCCGGAGUCCGUGUGUGACGUUCCAACACCACUUGGCCAAGGUCCGUGGGGGUGGGCUGUGAGAUGGACCUGUUGUUUCAACACCUAAAGUUGAUAGUUCCUGUGGUGCCAGGGGCAACGUGCCGCUCCAGAAAAAUGCAGCGGCGUAAAAAAUAAACAGAUCCCUGCUGGAUUUCCAGGCAGCAGAAUCAGUCAUUCUGGAGUCACUCCUUCUCUGAAGGAACUUCUAUGUCCGGCACUCACAGUGGUGACCACAAGCCUUAAGGUACUUUAUUGACCCUGCUGGUUUGAAUGCCGGAACCGGGGCCUAUCAGCUCCCACACCCCUGUGAUGUCAUGUCUUCUGCUGUUUUCUACAGAAGAGCGGCUCCUUCAUUUCUUAGCUGGCUUUUCUCUGUUGGAAUGACAAGGCCGUGAGGGAGCGAGGUGGUUGGAAGGACAUUGACUGCGUCUCCCCUUGCAUGAACUUUUCCCUUGUAGACGCCGUGCCGGUAAGGAGAUCAGCCACUGAGCUAUUGACCGAGAUGCUCCCAGCCCUGGACGGUGGGUGAAAUUGGAAGAGGUUGGCCCAAGUCUUGGCCAGCGGGAGAAGGGACUGCUCGUCGGCAGUUCUGGAGUGUUGUUCUGAACAUGUUCGUGGUCAUUAAAUUGUGGAGCCCUGGUUAGCCACAGGUAGGGCCCUCGUCCCCUGUCAGCACCUCCACCCACUCAGCACCGGCAGCCCCAUAGCAUCAGUGCUGUCGCCUUCCCGGUCCAGGGCAGCCCUCCCACGUCUGGACAAAGUCUGAGCCCUCCAAUCCCUUGGCAUGUCCUCACUCGAGCGUGCCCUGCCAGAUGCCCCAUUGCUGCACGGGUGGGGGCAUUAUGAUUUGCCUUUGGCGCCACCUAGUGGCAUUGAUGGGUCCCCUCGAGCCAGGUGUUUAUUCAGCACAUUUGGCCCAGGCAAAGCAAAACGGUUUUCACUUGGUGGCCAAGGAGCCCAGCAAGGGACCCGACAAAUGGCUUUGAAGGGGGGCAGAGUUUGGCAGCUGCCUCAAUUGCUUAGAGACACCCCUAAACCCAGGCCCCCGUUCUGCCCUCCUUGAAACCUAGGCAGGCCUGGUGACACUAAUGGGGUUGCACCAGCUGUACCUGAAAGCAGAAUUCACCCCUCCCCCAAGUAAAGCGAUGGGGCUGGAUUCUACUCUCGGCUACCCGCUGACUGUUGUGGGUCUGCCCCAGAGCUCGGGGACUCCUCUGGGGGUCGCUCACAGAGGUUUCCAGCCUCAGAAUAUCUUUAUUCUUGAACUGUGUUAUGCUGACGGAGGGCACCUGGCUUUUAAAGCAGUGAAGCGAGUGGUGAUGCUGUGAUCAGCGUUAGUUCUUUUGCUGCUCCUGGUUCGAGUCUGUAGCUGGCCACUGGGCCCCAGCCCCCUCCAGGGAGCAUCUGGUUCUUCUCUGGGCUGACGUCCGUUCUCGGGAACACCUCGCGAGGGAGCUCUUCAGAACAGAGGCCUCCCUGAUCCCUAAUCGCUUUCCUUGCAUCCACUGACCCGGGAGGCAGUUCUGCUCCGCAACAGCCAGAUUCGCCAGGAUGCUGCAAGUCCCCCAAAGGCAGCUUGUUGGCUCGCUGCCUUUGGGCCCUCCUCGGAGGUCCUUUAAAGGGUUCCCUAGGGGAGGCAAUGGGAGUACAUUGUCUGCCUGCAAGAACGUUCCUGGAACGCUCACGCGUGGACAAACGUGUGCUCCGUGCAGGACAAACCCCAUGCAGCAGAACAAAUCAAGCAAUGGGCCAUGACCCGGGGGCGCCAUUAGAAUGCAGGCUCGGUGCUAGAGGUAAGACUUCCCGGCUAGACAGACAACGCUCCCGGGUGUGGGUCUCAGGUCUCCUUUGCCGUGAAAUAGGACGAGCUGUAGGGUUAGUGGUAGGACUAGAGAUUGGAGCUUGUGCAAGGAAAAGCUAGCGCUCAAUUAGUGUUUGGUUCAGGACGACAGAGUCAGGGAUGCAUUGGGGCUGGGUCAUUCAUCUGCAGUGACUCAUUUAUCGAUACGACGUUAGACCUUUUUUCCCACGCCCCAGAUAGACCUUAUUACAGAUUGGCUCGUUACUGGAAACAGUUCGACGAACGCUCAGUGAAAACGCUCCGGGAACUUGGCAUUAAGCAGAACGUCGGGUUGCAGGCCGGAGUCUUUGGUAUCGCCUCUGCUCUCCAGCUGGAGUGUUGAAAUUCGUUACGAGCGGGGACGAGGGAAGGGAUUUGAGGAGGUGCCCCUGGGAACGCUUCCUGCACGGAGCACAUGUUUGUACGCGCGUGAGCGUCCCAGGAACGUUCUUGCAGACAGACAAACACCAAAGCUUUUGGGCGUGUUCACGGAAAUCACGCCAAACGCCCUCAAGGUCAAGUUGGGGCCAGAUCCCCAUCUUGAGUAAGUCAGCCCAGUUCCAUUGACUCCAGUGGAUUUACGCCUUCGGAGGGCCUGGCCCUGGGAGUUGAGGAAUGCUUUUUAUUUGUUGAAAAUGUUCGCCCGGCUCUAGACGCUAUGGGGCCAGAUUCUCACCUGAUGUAAAUGGGAAGCCAAUGGUGUUACACCAAUUUAUGCCACGUGUGUGGUGCAUCAGUGCCAGCUCCGCCAUCUUUAUACCAGGUCGGUCAGUUAAUGGGUAUGUGAUAAAAGUGUGGGGAGGUGGCUCUGUGCUCCCUUGGUUUUCACCCUGUUCUCUCACAUCAUCCUUAGAGGCUGAUCUCACCCAGGUAGCAAGAGCAUCUUCUGCCCAGGCAUGCAGGUCCUGAAGGGGGACGUCAUCCUGGCUUCUCUGUUAUGUGAAAAUUACCACUGGGCAAGAUUAACCACACGUGCCCUGUAGGCUUAACUGGACUCGGCAGGUGCCGAGGCUACUUGCUGUCCCUCUGCAGAGGGGUAAAUUUCACCCUAAUGUGAUGUCUCAAGGAUUAACCAAAGAUCAGGCCCCUGAUUGCACACAAUGGUCUCCCCCUCCUCCCUCCCCCCGCGAUUUGUGUAGCCUUCGCUGUUAGAGCGUUUCCCCUGCCGCGCAGCUUGAAAGGUUCCCGUGCUCGGUGUCGCCCCACGGCUACUCCAUGCUGCACCCAGCUGUGGUUUUCGCACCCUUCCACUACGUGUCGGCGGUUCUCAUCCCUGGCGUUAGCCCUUGUUCGGUCAGUCGGCCGGAGAGGACUUGGGGUCCUGGAGAAGGUCAUGGAGCACAACACACGUAGCAGCCUGCGUGCCCAUGAAAAUAUACCCACCCGGGGCCGUGCCCAUGGAAAAAUACCAACCCAGGGCCAUGCCCAUUCUUCCUCCUAGCUCCACUGACUUUGAGAGGGAAGUGAAGCUGGCCCCCAAAUAGAAACCAAGGGGUUAAAAAGUAUGUGCCCACACGCGCGCGCACACACACACACACACAGGGGGACAUCACGACUUGAAGCCUUGAUCAACAGUGAAUAAAUGUUACAACAUUUCCAGGCUUCUCACGUUCCUGUUCAAAGAUUCUCGUAGCGGGAGGAGGGCCGGGUCCAGAGAAGCAGAUCCCAGUUAGUCACUUGCUAUUUUUCCACUAGGCUGGCCAGUUCUCUUCGGUCCGUGACAAUCAUUUCUCCAGGGGUAGACGGAGGCCGACGCUUUCCUCUCCGUGCUCAGCCUCCGACCCUUGGCCUUCAAACACAGCAGUAUCACAGAUGCUUCUCCCCUGGGAUUGGGGUAUAGACGAGCUUCCCUGUGUGACCCCUGGAAGAGGCACCCGGCUUCCCAGCAUUGGGUUUGGUGCAAUCCAGGAUGGACACUGGCAAAGCUUCACCUGAAGCCGAUUCCACCACCCCUCAAUUAUUUCAUUUAACCAAUGGUCUUAGCCCCCAUGGCUGAGAUCUUUGCCGAAGAAUAACGUUAAGGACCCUGUAAUCAUGUCUAUUCUCAGGGGGUGAGGGGGUGAAGAGGGGUGUGGCAGGGCGGUGUGAGAGUGACCCAGCUGUACAAAGAGGGACGUUGCCUGCCCGGCUGCCCUUGCCAGGUGCACGUUGUCCUCCUGUAGCCCCUUCCUUGGUCCCGUCCCAACCUGGGGUGGGGCCAGGCUGCGUCCUCUCCUCCACAGCAGGUGGCUGUCGAGAAUCAGCCAGCUUCGUGCCACCUACUGGGCGGAGAUCUGUCUCCUAGGGCUCCACGGAUCCGCCCUUAGUCCGGCCCCGGGAGCUCUUGCUGUUCUGGGGGCAGACCCGCCCCCCAGUCCACACAUGGGGCAGAUGGGGAGUUACGCUACGGGGCAGACCUCCCCCAGGUUCCAGUUUAGCUCUGGACCCAAGUCAGUCUUAAACCAGGCACCAGCCUAGUCACAUAGGACCCGAGUCUGCUCCUGGUGGGCUUUCCGCUGCUGCUGUUAAUGGACUCCGGAUCGGGCCCUUGAUUCCUCAGCUGGACCAGGGGGAGGGGGAGAAAGCAGGUGCCCAGCACAUUCUGAAUGGGAGACUGGUGUGCAGCCCCCUCCUCUAGCCCCUUUCCCCCACAUCUGCCUGGCCCCUUCCCAGCCGGUGUGUGUACAGGGCGGUCCCUCUGUGAGUCCACACCCACCGCCCCCCCCCCUUCCUCCCCGCCCCCCGCUGCGUGACUCGGCUGAAGUGCACUUCCCGUGCUCCUGUGCUUUUUAAUUGUGACGAGCCGUUUGAAGUUACAGCCCCGUUGUUUGUAAUACACCCGAACUAAGCCAAUAAACUGUGUGACUAAUCAGA